GCAAUAUUAAAAGCACUAAUAAACAUGGCGUCAGUAGGAGAAGGCGACUGUCACAAAGACCCAAAUUUUGCAGUUAUUUGUUCCUUCUUUGACAAAUACAGCUCUUCUUUAGGACUUCCAGAAAUAAGCUAUACAGAAUUGCAAAAAUAUUUAGAGGAUACAGAUAGUGAUGUCUCCAAUGUGUUAAUUGAUAUUCAUGUGAGAUUAUUGAGAAGGAUUGGGAAAUCUUCUGUGACUCCAGAACGCUUUGAAAAGAACAUUAUUAAGUUUAUUCAUCAUUAUUCUGAAUUUGAUGCAUGGGAAGUUGAGAGUUAUGGAUACAAACAUGCAAAGCUGGAUACAAAGCUUCGAAUUCUUAAGAACCUUCUGGAGAGUCAGUUUGAUUACAAUGUCAAGUUCAAAGAGAAAGUUAAUGAAAGUAGUGCCGAGGACAUGCGCUUUCUACCCAUUGGCAGAGAUAAAGAGGGUCAAGCUUAUUGGUAUUUUUUGGAUAAAGACAUGAACUUACUGGUGUACAAAGAAGAGCAGGAUGAUGAUGCUGCCAAUACUUGGCAGCUUGUUUGUAGUGACAGACAAGAUCUAGCAAAGCUGGUAAACUCUUUACAAAAUGACAAUCGUAGUCAAGAAGAAAAGGAUAAACUUAGUACAGCUGAUUCUCCAAGCAGCAAAGAGGGCAGCCAUGAAAAAGACAUAGAUAGGAAAGAAUCUAUUAUAAAAGUUGAAGAGAAUGGUUGCUCAGAAAGUACAAUUCCAGUAGACAGUAAAGAAAGAUUCAUUGAAAUAAAGAUACAUAAAUGUGACUCAAUAGAUGCUUAUAAACAAGAAAAUCCAGAACCUAAGACAGUAGUUAUGAAGAAAGAAGUGGAGGAUAUAGUUGUUAAAGCAAGUCCAAACAAAGCUAAGAAAACUACGAAAAAAACACGUGAGAGAAAUGGAACUGCCAAUAAAGGUGAGGCUAGUCUGACAGGUGCCAGUGAUGUCCUUGGUCAAAGUCAAAAUACUUCCUCUGUUAAGGAUAGUGCAAAUGGACCAAAGACAGUAUGUGAAUUGAAAAUCUUGAAUGAAGUGAUAGACUUAAAGGAAACGAAUGAAAAGCAAGAAGUUACUAGCUGUCUCUCGAUAGCAGAGGAAUGUAGUGGCUCACUUUUAUUGCUGCCAUCCAACCAAGAAGCAGUUUUAGAAAAAGUUGAUUCAUCAGUCGCUGAAACUCCUUGUGCUGUAAAGGAAGUCACAGACAUUAGAAAUGAGACGCAGAAACCUCUAGCUACUCAUAGUCCUGAAGAUUUAAGCAUAUUUUCUAAGUGUUUAGAAAAAGAUAAGGGGGACAAUCUUUCAUUAAAUGAGACAAGCAGCAGUUCAGUCUUAUGUGAAGAUUCAUCAGUGUCAGGCCAGAUAAGUGAACAAGUACUAGAUCUGUCUACAAGUGUAAAUACACCUAAAAUUGUCAGGGAACAAAUUUCUGACAGUCAGUGCUUAAGUAAACUUGACGAAACAUCAGUUGAAAUAAAAAUUUCUGAGGUGACUGCUGGAAGCUGUAACAAUGAUGACUGUACCACUUUAUGCAAUGAAAUGGGUAAGAUAGAUUUUACAACCAAAAGUAAACAAAUUACACUUCCAGAGACAGGAGUGGAUGAAUCAGUCAGAGAAGUCAGUCCAUCUACAGCCCUACCCAGAACUGAUCAGACCUCCUCAGAAGCAGAAACUAACACUGAUUCUAUGUCUGCUAAAGAGGAACCUAGUUCUCAAUCAAAACUCUGUAAAACUAUCCCUGUUAACAUGCUAGCAGCCAAUGAAGUAAUAUGCCCUCAUACUAACAAAGAUCCUCCUGAUAAACAAGAUGAUACAGAAAACAUGAACAAUCAUGAAAAGCUAAGUCAGGACAAAAAUGACGUGGAUUCAGUGCUUGUAAAUAUUAGUGAUAAAUCUUGUAAAAGCAAUAUUGAAACCCAGCAGUUAACCGUAUGUAUAGAUAAAGAAUCUGAUAGUAAUAAAAUAGAUGAACAUUUGACUGGUGAAAUGAGAGAAGAAAAAAGGAAUUUAAAUGUAAGUGGUACUAAAAUAGUUUCAGAUGAAGAAGGAAAAUUGGCCACUGAUGUAUCAAGUGAUAAAACUAGUAAUAUUAAUGAGGAUAAUAAAGUAAAAUUCUCUGAUAAGCCUAAUGAAACCUCUGACAUCCAUGAUAAAAAAUCUGAAGAAUUAUCUCCUGAAAAAAGUACAGAAAUAUGUGCUAUUAAAUGCAGCAAACAUUCUGAGACCUGUGUCUCUGUUGAAGGGAACCCAGUUGAGCUCCAUGCUGUAGAGAAUGAUAAUUCUCCAGAAAAAAAUUCUGAUGACGCAUUAGUGCCAGAGAAGUUGAAAGAAACUUGUGUUAUUUCUGGCAAAAUGCCCACUGAAUCUGAAGAAUUUAAACCAGUUGAAACACCUGAUUUAGAAAAAAAUAAAACUACUGAAGUAGUUCCCUCAGAAAAUGUAUCUGCUGAGGUGUCUGCUAGGGAAGAAAAGAUAUCUACUGAUGUUUUUGUUUCUGAAGAAAACAAAAGUACCCAAUUUUAUCUUCUAAAUGCAUCUGUUCCUGAAGGAAACAUUUCUGAAAUUCCUACAAAAAAUAUAGCGGCUGAGACAUCUGUUGCAGAAUCUAUUGAUGACUCUGUUCCCAAAGAAAAUGUAUCCACUGAUGCAUCAGUUGCUGAAGAAAAUAAAUCAUCUGAAGUUUCUGAUCCCAAAGUUAUUGUUUCUUCUGAUGCAUUAGGCGCGGAAGAAAGCAAAUCUACUGAAGCUUUUGUUCCUAAAGAAAAUCUAUCUACUGAUACAUCAGUUGAAAAAGAAAAUAAAUCUACAGCUUGGGCUUUUGACAAAGAUGUAUCAACAGAUACAGUAGUUUCUGAUGACAAUAAAUCUAUUGAAGCUUUUGUUUCUGAAGAAAAUAAAUCGACUGAAGCUUCUGUUUCUGAAGAAAUUAAAUCUACUGAAGCUUCUGUUUCUGAAGAAAAUAAAUUGACUGAAGCUUCUGUUUCUGAAGAAAUUAAAUCUACUGAAGCUUCUGUUUCUGAAGAAAAUAAAUUGACUGAAGCUUCUAUCUCUGAAGAGACUAAUUGUACUGAAGUUUCUGUUUCUGAAGAAAAUAAAUCAAUUGAAGCUUCUGCUGUUUCUGAAGAAAAUAAAUCUUCUGAAGUUUGCAUUUCUAAAGAAAAAAAAUCUAUUGAAGCUUCUGUUUCUGAAGAUAAAAAGUCCAGUGAAGCUCUCAUUUCUGAAGAAAAUAAAUCUACAGAAACUGCUAUUUCUGGAGAAAAUAAAUCUACUGAAGCUUCUGUUUCCGUAGAAAAUAAAUCUAUGGAAACUGAUGUUUCUCUAGAAAAUAAAGCUACUGAAGCUUCUGUCUCCAGAGAAAAUAAAUCUAUGAAAACUGAUGUUUCUGAAGAAAUUAAUUCUACUGAAACUUCUGUUUCUAAAGAAAAUAAAUGUAAUGAAGCUUCUAUUUUUAAAGAAAGAAAAUCUGUGCAAGAUUCAGUUCCCAAAGAAACUGUUGAAUUAAGUAAAACAAUUGAGUGUUCAACUUCCGAACAAAAGGAAGCUAAUGCCAAUGUCACUUUUACAGGUAGUGAUAAAAUUAUUGACAUCAAUAGCUCAACUGCAUUAAAUUUAUCCAAAGCUAUAUCCAAUAAUACAAGUAAUACUCCUGACACUAUAGCAAAAGUAGAUGAUUCUAUAAUUGUUAAGAGUGAGAAUAAUUCUCAACUGGAACCAGAGGAAUCUGCUUGUGAACAUGAACCUCUCUCUCAAAAACAGGUCAGUAAAUCAAGAACUAGAAAACCAAAGGUCUCUAAUAAAAAGAAUACACUUGUAGAUGGGACUUUACUAGAAACGAAGACAAAUGAGACAUUUACCCAAGAAUCCCAACAAAUGGCAGGGGGGGAAUUACAGAAAUCUUCAGGUAAUGAGCCUCACCGCAAUCUCAAAAGAGCUGCCCCUGAGCCAGGUAGUGAUGACUUUGUUGAUUCUGAACCGAAUGGGAAAAAGGCAAAGCAGGCUGUAAAGAACCAGAAAUCUAGGCGUGGACGCAAUGCUGCUGCCAGAGGCCUCGCUGCCAAAGUAGCUGCUGGUGAUACAGAGAGUGAUGACAGUGAGAUCCCAUUGUCUGAAAUAAGAAGCAGAGGCCAACUGAAAGCUGCACGAUCUAAGGCUGGCAAUGCAAAGACUGUUGGUAACAAUAAGGGUCAAGAAAAUGAUGUAGAAGAAAAUGCUGCUAAUGCCAAGCGAGCAAAGAAAAAAAAACCUGGCUCCAGCAGUGAGCCAGUCACUGAAGAGGAAGUCACUCCUGCUAAGAAAGGUCGAAAUCUAGCUCAAUCAUCUGCAGCUAAGAAGAAAGCAACCAAAGUAGCACAAAGUAAUAAAGCUGCUAAGAAAAAUGAACCCAAAACUUUAGCCAAGGAUAAUGAGGAAGAGAGUGGUGGGCGUCGUCGCAGCCUGAGAGUCCAACAGUUAAAGGCUAGGAGACCUCCAACACCUAGCUCACCAAGUGAAGUUUCAGAAGAUGAAGAUGAAACUGAAGGAGAAAACUUGGACAAGGAUUUCUUUGACUCAUCAUUCACCCCUGAAGAGGAGUCAGGAGAUGAAGAAUUUAAGCCCAAAGGGAGAAAUUUUCAGAGGCAAGCUGCAAGAACAGAGCAUGUGAAUGAUGAAGAGGUAGUCAAUGAUGACACACCCUGUGUGAAGUGUGGAAAAUAUAAUCAUCCUGAAAUGAUUCUCCUAUGUGAUAAAUGUGAUGCCGGUUACCAUACUGCUUGUCUGAGACCUCCACUCAUGCUUAUACCAGAUGGGGAUUGGUUUUGUCCACCAUGUGAACAUUUGAUGUUGAUCACCAAACUCCUUGAGUGUUUACAAGCCUUGGAUAAUGCCAUGAAAAAGAAGGACAGAUUAAGUAAAAGGCAGGAAAGAUUGGCAUUUGUUGGUAUUAACAUAAGCAAUAUUCUACAUGGGGAUCGCAAAUCUUAUACCCAGGAUAAGAAGUUAAAAGAAGAUCAACAAUGUCAAGAAAAUGAAGAAAGUGAUACCCAAGAGGAUUCUCAAAGCUCAUCAUCUGAAUCUGAGUCACCUAAGAGAACCUUCAGAUCCGAGCGACUGGCGCUUAGGCAAGCGCAAAAAAGGUCCAGACAUGAGAAACAUAAGCAGCGCAGAUCCAGGCAUCCUCAGAGCCCUGACGGUGAAGUUCUAACCAAACGCACAUGUCGGUUGAGAAAUGCUGUCAGCUACCAGUUUAAAGAGUUUGAUGAGUUGAUAAGCAAUGCCAUUGAAGACGACAAACCCUGCAAACGAGAGAAGCCUCCAGGUCAGUAUGUUACAUGUAUAAGAAGAGGCAAAGAUAUGUCCAACAUACUUGGUGCCUCUGAUGAAGAGGAUGAGAAAAUUCGCCUACGUGAUGGAGAUACUGGGCCCCCCCCACCAGUUUUGAAGAAAAGAACCAAACGUAAGCUGACUAAACUGGACAGUGAUGAGGAACCUGAUGAAGAUGAUGACAGUGAAGAGUUCAAACUCUCAGAUGAGGAAGACAGUUCAGAAGCAAGUGAUGCUGAGGAAGAAGAGGAUGAUGCCAGCUCUACCAACUUGGACUCUGGAGAUUGGAAACCAAAGAAAACCUGGUACAAUAGCAACUCCCCUUCACAUAGACCUAAGAGGAAAGCUAAAAGUUUUGUGGUGGAUGAUGAUGAUUAUGAGAGUGAUGAACGCUGCAACAAAAGACGGUCUACUAGGAACUCUAAUCGAGGUCGCGUUCAUUACAAUGUCUGGGACUCUGAGGAUGAGGAAACAGAAAUAGAGCAGAGCACCUCAGAUUUUUGUUCUGAUGACUCUGACUCAUUCAGUGGCAAGAAAAAGAAACAGAAAGCCAAAUCUGCAACUGCGAAAAAGAAAGGAAAAGUCAAAGAAGAGGAAGGAAGUGAUUCACAGUCAGAUAGUUCAAUAGCUCGAAGAAGAAAACUCCUCAGAAAGCUGGUGAAGAAAAGAAGGAAAGAUACCAGUGAGAGCCCUGACUCUGAAAUUGAAUCCCAAAAGAAAAAUGAAAAAAGCUCAAAGAAAAAAACAAAAAAAUCCAGUUCUGAAGACACUGAUUAUAGUGCCACAGAAGAUUCAGAUUCAGGGGAGUCCCCUAAAUUUAAAAAGAAAAAUGUUUUGAGAUCUUCAGAUGAAGAUACCGACAAAACUGUUGACGAGGAUGCUGAAAAGUCUUUUCCUCUUAAAGAGGAACAAAAACCUGUUGAGGCUGAGCUGGAAACUGUACCAGUUAAGAAGAAACCGUCUCUUGAGGUUCCUAUAACUGAAGCACUUACAAUAGAAGUUCCCACCAAAGAAGCCCCUGCUGAAGAAACUCUCAAAAAAGAAGAAAUCCAACCAAAGCCUGAAGUUGUGCCAAAAAGUAAGCCUAGAAUUGGUCCAAAGUCUAAGAUGAGACAAAUGAAGGGGAAGAAGAGAAACGAGCAGCAAGAGCCAGGGAAUGCUCCUGUUGCAUCAGAGGAUAAUGUGCCUGACAAAGUUAGAAAAGUGAGCGAUGAGGAGGCCGAGCGCACAGAAGAGAUGAAAUUCGCAAAGGCCAGCACAGUAAAAAAGCCUCCUGCUCGCCGUCAAAGAGGCAAAAGUAAAGAAUGCUUAUCUGAGCCUGGGCAACUAGAAAUUAAACCACAAGCUCUUGUUGAUAAAAAUUCUGACAACUUACUGGUGGAGCCAGAACGACAAGUCACCAAGAAAAAGAAGGUUCCCAACUUUUUAGAUGUUCCUUCAGGAGGAGAGGACAGUGAUGACCAAAAAUCAAAUAAAUCCCAGAAAUUGUCUUCUGAUAGUACAGAAAAGGAUACCUCGAAAGUUGACUUGGCUAAUGUCAGCACGGUUCCCCAGGCCCCUGUUGAAUUACAUUCUAAUUAUGGUGGCUACCCUUAUCCAGGUCAGACAAGUCACCCACACCCCAUGCAGUUUGCACCCAAUCCUGCUCAUUAUCACCCAUCACACUCUCCAGAAGAUAUGUCUUCAUUCUCACACGAGCAUCCACCACCUCAUUCUGGACAACCACACUCUUCACACCAGAGGCCGAUGAUAGGACCCUCCCGACAGCCUCCUCCUCGCUUUGAUCACCCCCACUUCCCCCCUUCCCAUGUUAGCAUGAAUCCCAUGCAUCAGAUUGGGUCCCCCAUGAGACAUCCUAUGUAUCCUCCUGGUGCUAACACUAACCCUGCUUAUCACUUCCAGCCUGGAAUGAACCAAGGAUAUCCAACUCAGGAGCCUGGUGAGGUUAUCAGUCAAGCACACAAGCCAAUGGCUCACUCUAAUUACUCUCAACAUAAACCACCUCCUCCUCCAGGAGUUAUGGCCCACUCAUCCAUGCAACAGAAUGCUAGCUUCCACAUGCAACAGCCAAAUGAUAUACCUACUGGUUACAUGCAAAAUUAUAGUUCAAAUAGAAUGCCACUCCCCAAAGAAACUGCAUCUCAAGGUAGGCGUGAAAUGGUGCCAGGGAAUGCAAGAGAGAUGGGCCCUGGAAAUAUCAGGGAGAUGGGCCCAGGAAAAGUAAGAGAAAUGGCUCCUGCACCCAGAGAAACUGGAUCAGGAAAUGCAAGAGAUAUGGGCCCUGGAAAUAUCAGGGAGAUGGGUCCAGGAAAAGUAAGAGAAAUGGCACCUGGUCAUAGAGAAAUUGGACCAGGAAAUGCAAGAGAUAUGGGCCAUGGAAAUAUCAGGGAGAUGGGCCCAGGAAAUGUAAGAGAAAUGGCACCUGGUCAUAGAGAAAUUGGACCAGGAAAUGCAAGAGAUAUGGGCCAUGGAAAUAUCAGGGAGAUGGGCCCAGGAAAUGUAAGAGAAAUGGUUCCUGGACAUAGAGACAUUGGACCAGGAAAUGAAAGAGUCAUUGGCCCUGGAAGUGCUAGACCUGAAAGAGAAAUAGGCCCAAGUGGUGCUAGAGAUAUUCAUUCUGGUUCUCUUAGAGAUCUGGGCCCUGGAGAAUCCAGAGACAUGGGCCCAAGUGGUCCUAGGGAUAUUGUUCCUAGUAGUGCCAGAGACAUGGCUCAUGGGGGUCAUAGAGAGAUGGGUCCUGGUGGACUCAGGGAGAUGAGCCAAGGAGGUCCAAGGGAGAUGAGCCAAGGUGGUCCAAGAGAGAUGGGUCAAGGAGGUCCAAGGGAGAUGGGCCCUGGCAGUUUAAGAGAGAUGGGACAUCCAUAUUAUGGUAUACAAACACCUUAUCACAGCAUGCAUCAGCAUUAUCCAGGUCACUACCAAGGUGGAAUAUCAGGUCACCAAAUGUCUUCACCACUAAAUAGCAUGGGUCAGAUGACCAAAAAUCUUGGCCAUGAACAUAGUAUGCCUCAAUCUUUUUCACAUAUGCCCAGUACAGAUGGAAGCAGAGAACAACAUUCUACUAUGGUUUCUCCUCACAAAGUAGAAACAGAACAAAAGCAGCGAUACACUCCAGAAAAAUCAGAAAUGAAUAAUGUUAAAAAAAAUGAAGGGAAAGAAGGGAAGCGUUCCAAAGCUCAAAACAAAUCCAAACCUAGAAUGAAAGUCACUAGCCCUCCGAUGGGUGCUACGGAACCAACUGCAGCUGUUACCAAAUCAUCUAAGUCUGGCAUGGGAGAUCAAGAGGGAGUCACAGAUGAAAAAGAUGUACAUAGAUCAGUCCCUAUGGGUGAUGCAAAUCUCAGUGUACAGCCAGGUGUAGCAGGGUAUAAAUCACUGGAACAGGCUUAUGGUGGCCCAGGGCAUAUGCCACCAUAUCCAAUUCCUUACACUGCACACAGCCAGCCUCACUCUUUAUCGAUGGCCCAUCCACCCAAGCAUGCCUCUUUCAUGCCACCAAGCGCUCAUAUGCCUCCAAACCAUGCUCCAACAUCAGGUUCAUCACCUUUUAAACCUGAAAUGGGACAGGUCAGUGCUGACAUCAAGCCCAACAUUGUUGACAACAAAGGUGAAAUUUCAAAACAGACAUUAUCCCCAACUGAUCAAAAGCCAAAUGUGACCUAUACCACCAACCCACCACAAAACCAAGUUAAAGGUCCCACUGAGCCUACCUCGAAUCAGGUCAACCCAGCAACCAUGCCAUAUCCACAGAGAUAUGCCGGGCCACCAAAUGUUCAGGGCCCCAACCAAAUCCCAGCUCAUGGGCAUUAUCAUUAUCCUGGGCCCUAUUAUCAAUCAUAUGGUCAUCCACCAGGUCAGGCUAUGCACCCCCCAAACACCUGGCCUCAGAAUAUGCCGCCAUAUGGACCUAGGAUGGGAUCACCAAAUGCCUAUCCCUAUAGUGUACAUUCAGAGGCCAUGAAUCAAGGCUAUAAUAUCAUGACAAAAAAUGCCCCACCUAGUACCAAAGAGACAACUGCCUCUAACCCAAAUACCACUAAAAUGAACCCAGAAGCAAUGAAUGCACAGUUUUCCAAAUCACUUAGGCAGUCUAAUUCUGGAAAUGAAACAGACCACUCUACUACAGAAAAAAUGGAUAGUCAGAACCCUCAGAAUGCAAACAAAUCAAGUGAAACCAAACCACCUGUUGAGGGUGAGCUAGCCAAAGAUCCACCAAAAGAUCCACAGCAUCAAGUACCACACACAGCAGCUCAGCUACCUCAUAGGCCAGUGCCAUCUCAUUCUAGCUCAUCUUCCAAGAGCUCAGAUGUUUUAUCCUCAAGUCAAGCGGAAUCCCUUUCCACCUCUGCACCAUCUGGUCCAAAACAGCUUCAUCAUUUAACAACGGCAGUUAGCACUGCUGCCAUGAACAGCUGGGCCGAAUCCAUGCAUUAUCAACAACAACAUGGUGUGAGCUCCUGGCCAGGGAUGAAUGACCCUAACCAGAUUAGAAUGAUGCAGUCUUAUGCAGCUUCAGGCAUGAUGGGUGGCCCUCACUAUCCUCCUAAAUUUCAUCAGCAGCAUGUUCAUGGUAAUGUUCAUCCAGAUCAAAAAAUGGGCCACUCUGAUGGGAGGCUGAUGGGUCCUAAUGAUGGUAGACCUAUUGGCCCUACUGAGAGCAGGCCUAUGGGCCCUGGUCCUUAUUUGUCCCAAGGUUAUCAAGGAUUUGAAGGUGGCUACCCGCCUUCCAAUUCAUUAUCUCAGUCUCAAGGUCAAGACUAUUCUCGGUCUUCUCAAAGGCCUGAUUUGAAUAGUAAGCAAACUUUGAAACCACAAGAAGAUUCCCUCAAUCUCAGCCUUGACCAAAGCCAGUCAGGAGAUGAUCUUGCAGCUGAAUCAAAUGCCGCAUCAAAACCUAAACGUGCUAAAACACAGAAAAAGUCUGCUAAGGAUGGCAGUGGUUCCGGAAGGGUUAGAUCUGCUAAAGGGCGUGGAAGAGGCAGGGGGGGAUUUAUGAUUGACAAUCUCCUGCAGGCUCGUGGCAUUGAAGGGGAAGAGGAAGGUGAGGACAGCGGGGAGAUGAAAGACAUUGUUAGCUAUGUGACCACCGAUGAAUAUUUUAAGCAACAGACAAGUUCUUAGUUCAGUUUUUGGAUGCUUAGAAGAAAAUGUGUCUAACCAGUUUUAUCACUGGUCCUUGUGUUUAAGGAUUUGCUAUUCUACUGAAUUUGUGUCCAUAUACCAUUGUGUACAUAAUUUUUGUCACAGAAACAUAUACAUUUAUAUUAUUACAUAAUAGAAAAAAUGUUUAUUUUUACUGUUUCUGCUCAUGAGUAAAUUUGAAGUAUUAUUAAUGUUACCUGAACAUUGAUAUCCCUGUCUUCUUAUUCUAGUAUAUAUAUAUAUAUAUAUAUAUAUAUCCAUAAGUUUUCUGUGUAACAAGGCUAGUUUAGUUUGCUACCCUUGACUCAAUUUAAAGUUUUGAGACUCAAAUGGGAGCAUUUUAGUCUAAUUGUAGCACAAUGAAUCCAUGUAUUAUAGUUUUACUCAACAAAGUUGAUGGUUGUUUAUGUGUGUGUAUUGAUUAAUAACACUAGAACAGAGAAUAAUGUCUACAAUGAUUUAUACUUUAAUGUCAAAUUUUUUGCUAGUCAUAAUUUGUCAUUUUGCAUAUUUGUAAAAUGUCAGUAACCAUAAGUUUGCAUUUUUAGUGUUGAUUUGUGUGUAGAAGUUGCUUGUAGAAGUUCAAAACUUGACUUUGAAUAAAUCAGUCGUACUUAAACAGGGAUGUAGUGUUUUUUUUUAAUAGCAUUAAAUAAAGUAAAAAUAAAUACUCUUGUCAGUUUAAAAUUAUUUUUGUUUUCACUUUGAAAUAUUCUACUUCUAUAGAAAAUGAAAUUGAAUGUAUACUGAACAAAAUGUUAUAUACUGUAUUUAUUAUUGCCAAAGUAAUUUUUUUUUUGGUAAUAUACUUUGGGAAAAUGUUAUUUACCAAAGUGACUGGUUAAGAACUGUAAUUACUGAGGCCUUUUUAAAAUAAAGGUUAAGGAUGGGUGUAGUACAUGACUAGGCAGACCCACAUCUAAUGCUGACAAAACUGUUGUCCACCGGGGGUCUGCUUAAAUUCUCUUUUUGACAUCUACACUUGCCAUCGGUCAACCUUGUUGUAUCUCUGUGUUGAUCUGAAUAGACCAACCUUUUGUGGACUCCUGAGUGUAGUUAUGGCCAUGGUGAUUGUUUUGUUUUUUUUAACUCUUCUGGAAGCCAAUGGGGUAGUUUACCAAGUCACCAUUAUAAAAUUAUAUUGUCUGGUGAAAUUGUUUUUGAACUAAUUUUAUGUUACAAAAGCAUUUUCUAUCUGUAUUUAAAUGCUGGUCUGUGUGCUGGGUGACAGGAAUAAUUUGGAAAAACAUUGAAUUGAUAAUUUUAUUGUUAAUAAAUAUUUGAAUCAUAUUGUUUUAAAAGCAGAUGAGUUUUUACUAAAUAUGUGUGCCCUCUAUCUGUAAAUAGAUUUUAUAAUAAUAUUUUGUGUUUGUUUUUUGGAAACUCUUCUACAAUGUAAUUAUUAUUAUUUUCUGCUAGAUGAGAUCCUAUUGGUCUGAAAUAAAGUACAAAUUUAUUUGUUGUAUUUAAAUUCCUUUCCCCUCUUCUUUAUAAAUAACUUUCUGUUGAAAUGGAUUUAGGCAGGACCUAUCUUUAAGUUAUCUUGCUUAGUGCUAGAUGCACAGUUGAACUUUGUCAAGCUACUCUACCUGAAUAGCCUGUUAUUUUCAUGAUUUUCUAGAAUCCAGACUGAUAGCUAUCUAUGAUUAAUAAAAUAUGUUAUCAAACAUCAGGUAUUACAAACAAAUUAGAUGAUCUAGUGAAAUUGGAUACAAUUAAGUUUGAUAGUAGAUGUCAUUUUAAGAUUUAAAAAAAAAUCUUGAAGAACUAAUUAGAUGAACGAAAAACAACUUGAUGUUGUAAUUUUCCUUUGUACCUGUAUACAGUAUUUGUCUUACUUGUGUCUCACUGUAACUUGAUUAUGACAAAAUAACUUGCUUAUUAAAUGAAUUAUUUGAUUGGGACAUUAAAUAGUAAUCAACUUUUUGAUUUUGGAAAGCAUCAUUACUUUGGACCUCCAUUGUUGAGAAAUCAUUUCAAGUGAUUGAACAAAUACUUACAUAGAUUAAUUGACCUAAGUUUAUCAGUUUAGGCACACACACAAAAAUAUUAGGUUUAUACAAUAAUUACACAUAGAAUACAAAAAUAUCCAAUUAUUCUACUUCAGUGGUAUAUUUCAGAAUUAAUGCCCAUUUCUCAAAAAUAUUUGAUCAAAUAUAUAUGGAUAAAUAGAUUUUUUUCUCUCACCUUUCUGAAAUAUAUUACUGUACCAAAAUAUUUAUCUUAAAAAAAAUUGUAUAUUGCAAAGAGUAAAUGAACUCUUAAACUCUAUUUUAUUGAUUGAAUAAUUUACAAUUUGGAAAGAGGUUGGCCAAAAUGAUACAUUGAAUGCUGAGAUGAUGUGAACAAAAAUCCUCCUUAAAGCUGUGAAGAUGUAUUCCAUUCAACCAGAAUUGAAUCUAUCUGAGAGCAUACCCCAUUGAUAACCAAUAAAGUUGUUUUUUUUUUAUUAAAUAUUAAAUUAUGUAUAGAAAUGUGGACUGUGAGUAGGGAAUGGUUUCAGAUCUUUAUAUUUGAAUUUAUUCCUUUGGUUUCAAUUUAUGUUUGGUUGUGCUCGCCCAGUCCAUUCUUUUUCUACAUUAAGUUUGUACAUAUUGUACAUAGAACAGUUGGUCAUUACUCUGAUAAUUACAAAAAGCUAUUGUUUUUUUUUUUUUUUGAAGUAUUGACUCAUAAUUUGAAGUUGUGCAAAUUUAUCAUUUUAAUUUAUCUCAUUUCUACGUCCAUACAAAAUGUAAAUAAUGACAUUUUAGUAAAUUUGAUUUGUAUCUCAAUGUCCUAGUUUAAAGAGUUAUGUUUAUCUCACAUUUGGAUGUUUUGGGGGUUUGCAAAGAUUAGAUUAUAAAAAGAAAGUAUAUAUUUUUAUUUUAAUACAUGUACAUAACUUGAUGUUUUAUUAUUUUUUGUUUAUAUACUGUAAAUGUAAUGAGGAUUGCACAUCAAUCUUUAUGAUUUGACAUGUUCUUGCAAGAACAUUUUAUUUAAAAAAAUAAGAAACCUAAAAAACAAACUUAGUGGUCCAAUGUAUUACUCUCCUGCUAAGAAUCACACAAAAAGAAACCCCCUUAUGUGGGUUAAUUUUUGUAUAGACACAUUAAUAAGAGCCUCUGAUCCAAUGUACAGUUUUAUUUUGCCCUCUUCAAUGUUGUCAUUAAAAUGCUUUUUAGAAACUUAUUUCUAAAAGAAAACCAAACUUUGUAAAUAAAAUGGAUAACUUAGAUACUUGCUGUUGUUGUCUUGUAUAUCCAAAUAAAAUACAGUCCUUCAA